AAAAUUCUGAAAUAUUUUAUGCAGGUAAGUACAAUGUUUUUAGACAAAGUCGUACUUAUUACCGGAGCUAGUUCUGGUAUUGGCGCAGACACUGCCAUAGAAUUUUCAAAAUUGGGAGCACAUUUAGUAAUAACUGGCAGAAAUAAGGAAAAUCUGGAUAAGAUUUCAAAACAAUGUGAAGAUAUUUCCCCGAGACAGUUGAAACCAAUAGUCGUAAUUGCAGAUAUGAACAAAGAAAAUGAUGUGGAAAAUAUAAUAAAAACUACUUUAAACCAUUAUAAGAAAUUGGAUGUUCUUGUAAACAAUGCAGGUAUUUUAGAAGCUGGUACUAUUGAGACAACUACUCUAGCCCAAUAUGAUAGAGUUAUUAAUACAAAUGUUCGUGGGCCUUACCAUUUAACUAUGUUGGCUGUUCCACAUCUUAUAGAAACAAAAGGAAAUAUUGUAAAUGUAUCAAGUGUAACAGGUUUAAGGUCUUUUCCAAAUGUUCUUGCAUACUGUAUGUCAAAGUCGGCACUAGACCAAUUCACAAGAUGUGUUGCUUUGGAAUUGGGAUCAAAAGGCGUCCGAGUUAAUGCCGUAAAUCCUGGUGUCAUUACUACGGGUAUACAUAAGAAAGGAGAGGGUAGUAUGAAUGAAGAGCAAUAUGCAGUAUUUUUAAAGAAAUGUGCUGAAACUCAUGCUUUAGGCCGACCAGGUGAUGCCAAAGAAGUUGCAUCUGUUAUUGUAUUCUUAGCCAGCGAAGCAGCAAGCAAUAUUACGGGCGCAACAUUACCUGUAGAUGGCGGUCGGCAUGCCAUGUGUCCUCGAUAAACACUUGAGCAAUGUUUUUAAAUUAAAAUACACACGAAUAUAUAGUAUUAUAAUUCUGAAGUAGGAUUCUUGUUUUCAAAUGAUAUGUUGUUUUUUGUCAGUAUCCAUUACAUUUAUUUCAUGUUUAACAUACAAUUUCAUUUUAUUAAUCAAUCUUUAUGUAUUUGAAAUGUCUAUGUUUCUUGUACAUUACAUUCAAAACAUUCUUAGCUGGACCCAAUUGGGGUCAAGUUAGGUAGAAUUUAAUGUAGUAAUAGUAGAUAUAAACCAGGAAAAUUAAAAUGUUUUGAACCCACUAAUAAUUAUUGAUGGACUUUAAAACUUUUUAUAUAAUAUGUUGUAUUAUAUUGUAAAAAUAAUGAAAUGUCUAUAUUUUAAGUAUAUUCAUAAUAAAUUAUAGAAUGUAAAAAAUAUAUAAAUUCCUACAUAUAGGUAGAUAUAAUAUUAACGUUUGAUCUAUGUAGAAUAUUAAUAUUUUUUGUAAGAACUGUAAUUUGGCAUAUUUUAUUAUUUAUAAAAGUUAUUAUGCAAUUUAUCCAUUGUAUUUAUUUCAUGUUCUUUUACACAU